AUGAGAUUCAGGACAAGUUUUGUGUAUAUUAUCUUGACAAUUUUUCCUGAUACAAGUAGUACUAAUACAAGUACAGUAUGUUAUGGAGCACCUGGUGCAAGAUGUACAACUCACAGACUAUCUUGUCCUAUUCCUCUAGUAAUACAGAUAAUAAAUACAUCAUAUGGAUAUAGAUCAGGAUGUAAUAGUAAGGGUAUAGCUGAUUGUACUGAUACAACAUGUUGUAAAGAAGAACCUGGUGAUUGUUUUACGCAAUUUUCAUCUGAAGAUAAUAAACGAGUAGAAGAAAACUGUAGUAAACUCGAAAAUUGUACUAUAAAUGGAUUUCGUGAGGUUCAAGGUAUAGAAUGUGGUGGAACUACUAGUGCUUACAGUAAAAUACAAUAUGAUUGUGUUACAAAAGAUAAGUCGGUAUUUACCUGUCCUACGACAGAUCCGCCAAAAUGUCCACGACCACUGAGUGACAGUAUUGUUGGUGGAGUGUUGGGUACAGUAUUGAUCAUAUCUGUUAUUAUCAAUGUUGGUUUGAUUGUAUAUUUUAUAAGGAAGAAGUCCUCAUCUACAAAUUCACCGGUGGAAAAUACCUACGAUGGCAUAAACAUCACAGAACGAGAUCAGACUAUUUAUGAUGGUCUACAAGUUCAGUCUGCUGGUAGUUCUAAUCAUACUGACAGGAAUGAGUCAAAUGGUACUCAAAAUCAUUUUAAUACCACACAGACCUCACAGCCAGAAAAUAAUGACAUUUGA